GAAGUUCUCUAUACGUUACUUCUGUUCUAUUUUUUUCUUUCCUAUCUCCUAUUCCUCUACUUUCCUUUCAAUAUAUCAUAUAUGCAGUCAAUGUGAUUUACUUCCCCUUCAAAUAUCCUUAAUUUCAUUGUUCGAGAUGUCUCAGCCCUUCUCUCGAGAGUCUCCCAGUUUCUCACAGUCGCAAACAAAUCCGGGCAUUGUUAUUCCUCUUGUCAAAAUCUCAUGCUCUUUAACCAGUGAAGGCAAUACCACAGGUGUUCGAUGGACACACUACUUGAGAAAUGAUCUUGAACUUGUGAUCCAAGAGAUGCAAGGCAGUAGUCCGGCGAAUGAAAAGCAUUUAGCGAUGAAAGUAGUGGCAGGGGCUGAAUAUCUGGAAGAACAAAAUUUAAACGAUAUCGUGAGGGUCUACAAGAACUUCGUUUCAUCUCCAGGCAGCGAGGUCCCAGUGAGAGUAGUGGUUAAGCCUCCGCUUCUUGCACUACGCUACCCAAAGCUCAAUAAAGUUCGUAGGUUGCAAUUCAAGUUUCGUGGCGACUCAGACUUCAAUCAGGUUCUCAAUAUCUUGAUAAAUUUAGGUUUGACGGUAACAGAUAGUGUUCCUUCAAGGUCUGUCUUACAAUCCCGUCCAUCAAUUGCAGCCUCAACGCCUUCGGGAAUACCCGAUGGAUAUUCUUCAGCUGUAGGUUAUCUUCCUUUGACUCCAAACAGCGAGUUCAAAGUUCCCAUGCGGCCAGACUCAGCUAGUUCUAUACUUCAGAGACCGAGUAGCUCAUAUUCUUCCCGAUCCGAUGAUAUUUUCUACAGCAGACCUCUAUCUGCCAUGUCAAUAUCUUCAUUUAUGCCUCAGUCUAAACCAUCUGCCGACCCACUGAACGGAACACAAUCAUUAUAUGUUUCUCAAUUCGAGCGAGAGCAACGACAAAUUCAAUCCUCAAACUCUGUAAUGCAUAAGUCAGAUAAGGUUACUCCAAAUGAUAAUGCAUGCGGGAAUCGAAUCUUGUUGCCAAAGCCAGAAGAAUCCCAACAUCGGUUUUCUACCUCGCCUUUUUUCGAGACACCAAGAAAGCAUUGCUUGCCCGAUAGGUUAACUUCAUUCUCCUUGGACAACGAUCUGCAUAAUUCAAGAAACAAAAUAUAUGGAACUGCACUAGAUUGUUCCAGAAUAGUCGGAGAUCAUCUAUUACCUCGUUCGAUUGAUUAUCCGUUCUUCGGCGCGCCAGAGAAACGCCCGAUAUCUCUUCCAACCGAGAACGAAAUUUGCCUGGGCCUUACCAUACCACCAAAGCGACAAUUACCAUUUGCAACAGUGAGAGAUUCUUCAAGAGCCAAGUCUGUAUCUUUAGCCGACACCAAUAGACUUGUUCAAACCCCAAAACAGCGAAAGCGACCACUCGAAGACUUCAUUGGGGGAAAUCCAUCAAAUGAGAGUUCCACACCUACUACAAAGCCGACAAAAAGACGCGUUGCAAGUCGCAAGGGUACUGUUCAUCUACCAGAAGUCAAUGGCCCACCAAGUAAAGAUUGUCCUUCAAAGGAAACUUCAGCAAGUGAUACCCUUGGUGUUCCAAUACAGACUGAAAAAUUGCCUCUUCUUGAAGUCAUGAGCACUAUAACUCCAACCAUAUCAGAUUCACUGCCAUCAAAACUGCAAGCAGAAGGAAAUUCGGCGAGACAGCAACCUUUCCCAGUUCUCAAAACCCCCAUGGCUCUAAGAAUGUUGGAUAGGUCUACUCAAACUCAAACUCUUUCAGGCCGAGAUCAUACAGCGGCUCUCAAACCUGCUCUGAAUGGCUCUGUCGUAGGUCUUCAGUCGACAUUGCCGACGGCUCUUGCAUUACAAGAGGAUUUGGAUCUCAUUGUAUCAAGGUAUAGUUCAGGCUCGCGGGUAAAUUUGCCGCCAAAUUACAACGAUGUUCCCGAUGACGAACGGCAUAAAAUGCUCAACGAUUUCAUAAUCAAAAAUUUAGAGAACAAUAACUUUCUCAAGUUAGUGGAGGAUAUGGAAGCUUCUUGGCGUAGGAUAGGUCUCACAAGAUAACCCAGCUUUAUUAGGUUAGUGUAUCAAUACUCGCUGAUGGAGGAAAACGGUAUUUGGCUACGAAAGGGAUGUGAUGCUUUAUUUUUGCUGGGCA